CCAAGUCCCAGCUCAGUCUCGAUAGUGAAUGGCGGCUCGAGUUGUUGUGUCAAAUCAUCAGGCGUUGUCCUGUCCACUGCCUCACUUUUAAAUGUUUUUGCACAGGUUUAAACGUUUGAUUAAGUGUGACCCGAGAAUAAGUGACACCCAAAAAGACGACGCCGACACUUCCAUCAACACCUCGAGUUGUUCAGAAUUGAAACAGUAGCCAUUCCAAGGGUUUUUUUUUUUUUUUUUCAAGGGAAGUAAAGGAGCCGAAUGUCCACUCCAAAUGGCUUCCGGGAAGGCGACCAGACUCCCUCGGCCGGACCCAGGCCAGCAACCAAGGCUGCAACGGCCUGGCACCAUCAGAGCGGCAACGAUCCACUGGAAGACGUAUUUUUAAAACCAAUGGAAAAACCAUGGAGGUCUCCUCCGCCCAGUGGAGGCCAGCCCAGCUCCACAACGAAAACGCUGCCUAUGCAAAUGUCUAGCUCAACACCACUUCACUUCAGUCCCGGAGUGGCUCUUUCGCCGGCUAACCUGUCAGCAGCCACGACGCGCAUGUCACUCGACCUAUUCCACAAAAAUGCAUUCAAGUAUCAGAUGGAGCAGCCGUCAAGACCUUCGCUCACUACUGACUUUGCUCUGUCAGCUUUGAAGAACAGUUUUUCCAUGUCAUCGUUGUCGCAUCCUUGUCAUCAAGGAGGUGCUGGAACGCCGUCAUCUGAUACGCCGCCGUCUGCCGUCCCUCAGACGCCGGACGUAACAGCUCGACUCAAGUGGGAACGGCCUUUCAACAGCCUCACUCGCAUCAAGGAGAAGGGUGUGGGCAGAGUUCAAUGGCGUCGCUCUUUCGGCGCUUCUCCGCUAACCGCCAAGGAAGACGCUGGCGCAUUGAACGCUCCCACGGGAUCAGCCGGACAGAACAAUGGAAACGCGGACUGGCUGGGCAACGCCGACUACACUUUCCUGAUGAGCUGCGAUUUAAUAGAAAGCUGUCGCAGCCUCAACGGUGAAAUGUCGUGGGACAAUGGCGACCUGGAGAAUCUCAGAAUGGCCGAAAUGAACGCCCGCUCAACAGGCACCAACAACCAGUCGGUUGCCGUAGGCUGCCAGACUGACGCUGAAGUUACCAUUCCGGAUUUGCAAUUACAAUUGCGAUUACUUCGCGAGUGGCUGAAACGCAUGGAGAGUAAGGUGCCGAAACUCGUCUUGCGUCCCAAAUGGACGCGGGAAACCCUAGACCGGCGCAUCGUCGAAUAUAAGAGACUGAAACGAGAGAUCGACGGUCAUUCGGCAGAAUUCGGAGCGGCUUGCCAGCGUUGUGCCUCCUGGAACCCUAAACUUGGCCGGCUGCUGGAGAACCGCUAUCACCGCCUGCUGCUUCGCAUCCUCGAGUGGACAUACCACCUGGAGGCCUUGGCUAAGAAACCACCGGAAUUCUGGAACGGGCGGAGAGCGGCAAUCAGCAGCCCGGAAAGCGAAGUCGGAUUGCCUAGGAAGCAAGCCCGACUUGACGAUUCCAGUCCGUCUCACAUCAAUCACAUAGCCGGGCAGGUGGACGAGCAAGAGAUGCGGCAGUCGAAUGCCGAAGGCGGCCUAUCGCCACCGCUACCGGCAGCCGUUCCCGUCUCCACUUCCAGGACCAACAUGGGCGUCUACGAAUUUAAGCACCCGGACACGGACUCUGAAAACUCGCGGCCACAGAAUUCCCCGAUUGCUCAAGAGGAUGUUAAGGGUUCGGCGCGGAAGCGAAGCUCCAACCUUUCCGACGGCGCCCUGGUCCGCUCCAACGACAGUAGCGAGAAUGAGUGGAUCUAUUCCUCCAACACUUCCGGUCGAGUGGCGGACGAAAUCGACGGCCACGAUACGACCGUGAGAAAGAAGCUCAGUUUCGAGAGCGACGAAGAUAACGACUCGUCCAGUAAGUCUUGGUUCCAGUACUCUUCAGAAUCUGACUGGCUACAGGGUGGCGGCAUCGAGUUGGAUGAAGCCAGUGAACUGGAAGAAAGUUUACUUCCGCCUCCAAGCGGGUCUGCCGACUCGCCAGAAGAGUCUGAACACAAAGUAGACGCUAGUCGCGUCUACAACAAGGAGAAGGUACACAAACUGGUAACGGAGGCCGAACAGAUGGUGUCUUUGUCCGGCGAGGCAUGUCGAAGCAAGAACCGCAAGCCGGAAGCGCGCUACAACAACCCAGAAGUGGUCCACAACAGCGAGUGUGAUGCUAGCAGCGAGCUCACUUCUGAAGGUGAGACGGAUGAAGAAGACGUGCAAGAGACGCCUGGAAGCAGCGGACGACGGUCGGCCACGUUAAAUCGAACGUUCCUAGUUCCGGGAUCGACAGAGACCGUGGAAGCUUCUCCGGUGGUUAUGCGAACGCGACAACGGAUCAAACCUCAAAGGCCGCUCAGCUUCUCGGGACUCUCGGGGACGACGACGUUGGGUUCCAACGGCUCGGGUGGUGCUUCGGCCCGCUGGGCUGCCUCAGAAACGGCCCUGAAUCAUCUCACGUCCUCUCCGGCCCACUCGCCUUGUUUGCCCGGCUCUCGCCCUCUCAUGUGCCACGCAUCGACUCAAAAGGAUCGCCUGUCUCCAUCGACCGAAGGACUCGGAUCUUCAUUGGCCGCUCUCAGCAGUUCGGGGUCGGCCAGCGCCGGCGGAGCGCGCCAACGCCAACGCAGACACUCUGCCCGUCUUCGAAACAUGAUGUCCCUGUCUCGCCGGGGUGAUCUCGACGCACAAAUCUUCUUGGGAGUCAACGACGGCAGUGGUGUGACAUUGCAAUCGUCGAGGCUCUCGGCUUCGGCCGCUUCCGCCUCUUCAUCCGGAGAGAGCAGCAGCGCUGGAGCGGGAAGUCAACGCAGCCGUCGCAUUGUCAAAUCGUCUACUCUGACGCGGAUAGUUGAUGCGACGGCCCCAUUGCCAAUCGCGGCCGGCCCACUGGUCAACGCACAAUCCAGCCCGCUGAAGCCACCACCGCCGUCCACCAACUCCAGCCCGCGCUCGGCACCAAGCGACGGCGAGCUGUGUCUUGGCCAUGUCGACGAAACGAGCAAUUUCUCCGAACAGGCUUGGGAUAAUUAUUUGGAACGCUAUGCUAGUGAGGCUUACAGCGAAGAUCCACCAGAUGCUGAUAGCGCCCGUCGCUUGCUGGAAUUUGGCGAAGAUUACCGCAAUGACCUGGACAGCCUAUCUGAUUGCCCGUCAAGCCUGAGCGCCGAUUUGCGCGGCUUCCGCCCGCACCAUUUGCCAAAACGUUCACCACCCAAACGGCCAAAAGGUUUCGGAAUGGCGGAUCGUUCAGCUCUGACUGAACUGCGCCUUUUAGACUCUGAUUCAGAUGUGGACGACCUAGUUCACGUUGUUGAAACUUCGGCUUCCCAGUUCACUAUUGCACUCAAUACUUUCCACAAAGUGGUCAACACCAACAGACUGGAACCCUCUCAAUAUGCUGAAUUGCUGGCAACUUGUCGAACCAACCUUCAGUGUCUGCAAACUAUACUGUCUCAUCUUAAAAUGUCGGCAGAUGAGCAUGCAUUGAAGCCUGUUCGAGAUUUGAUUGAUAAAUGGGCCCAGCUGGAUACUGAGGUUGCUCCUCUCCUUCAGGAUGGCCUCCUGCAACGACAGCUUCAACAGCAAGUGCAAACUGUCAGAAACAAGCUUGUAGAGCUUGAAGGACUCGUUCUGGACACCGGUGUGGAUGGAGACUUUCAACUUAAUCUGAACAAGAUUCACCAAAUCAAAGCUCAAAUCGAUGCAGAGAAGGAAUCACUGUUGCAAAUUAAUGUUGAUGUCCACAGCUGUAUGGCUAAGCAGCCUUCAACUGAAGAUGGUAUCAACUUGAAAGAAGAUGUUUCGGGUCUCUACCACAUGUGGGAAGCGCUUGUCCUCAAAGUGUCGGAAAAGGAGGCCCUAUUGGAAGAUGCCGAAAGGACAUGGAAAGAGUUCCAGGAGCUGUUGUUGAAUCUCAAAGCCGAAAUUGCUGCCGACCAGAAGAAAGUUCGGUCGUACAUUGACUUUCAAAACAGCGAUCCGUCCCAACCUGCUCCGGUUGCAACAUUGGACACAUGCCAAAGUUCCAAAUGGAUGGAAAACUGGAGCAGCAUUCAGUUGAGCGUACAGUGUGACUCUGGAAUUUCCUCGGGUUCCGACGGUGAAUUUAUAUCGUUGGGCGAACGCGAGAAGCGAUUGCACUCUCUGAGACAACUGGCCCGGAAAUUGGAAACUGCUUUGGCUCCUGGCAACGCAGCCCUGACGCGUAUCAACCGAACACUCGACCAAACGCAACAGGACCUGAUUUUGUUGCACAGCCAACUUUCACAGCUGCCCCAGCCAGUGAAAGUCUCACCAACAGCCAGCCAUGCCCAGACUCUCAUUCUUCCGCCGCCCGUUAAGGAGAUUUCGGUCCAGACCGACCCGCUCCUUGUCCCCAAGAAGAAACAACAACGGCGUGCCGGUGCCGUGGCGUCUACAGCAGCGGCCUGUCGCUCGGCGGUCCCUUAUUGGUGGCGCAUCGUCAGAGCGGCUCUACCGUUUCACCUCGCCCUCAUUGCUUUGCUCCUGGCCGCCUGCGUCAUGGAGCCUUCUUGUUGCAAUUACCUCAACACUUUUGGCAGCUCCCUUGUUCCGAAAUUAAGUUACCUGGGAGGCCCACCUCCUAUCUAAACACUGAAUGAUGGACCUUCUUCUUCUCCUAUCGAGCCCCCAAUUAAUUCCAAACUUCUUGGCCUUUAUUCUUUUGAUACUGUCGGAGCCGACUAGCAUUAUUAUUAUUAUUUUCAUUCGAGCGUAGCUAACCGUUGAGUAGAUUAGAUGAUGUUGAGAUCCUUUCAUAGGGAAUUUGAGGAUAAUUCUGUGUCAUUCAUUUUUUUCCCCUUUUGCUAACAAAGUACCAAGUAUUAAUUUUGUAUCCUCCCCAUUUUCUCCAGACGUCGUUAGAUGGCGUCGGAGUUCGCUCAUUGUGCCACUCUUAAAUUAAAACUUAAACUUUUUUUUUUCUGUUGUCUCUCUUAACGGACCAACAAAUCUCACCAUCGUUGUUUCCCCGCCCCAUAUAAUAAUUCAUUCAUCCACACUCGAUUCAACUUGAGUUUAGAAUUAGAAUCCUCUCCCCCAAUCCUAGAGAAGAAUCAUCGAAACUUUUGUUUAACAAGAAUCAUACAGAGAAAGAUGAAUGUCAAAAAGAAACAAUUUAAACAAGUGCACUUGAUUUAACACUGGUGUGUCGAGAUUGUUGGAGGGAAAUGGUGGUUGUACUUUAAUUAAUUUAACGGGAUAGUCUAGCUGAAACAGAAAUGCCUUAUAUUAUUAAAAAAACAAACAGAACUAAUCACAAAAACAAAAUGCACCUGGUACUUUUCACACUUUCGCGCGCGUGUGUGGUUAGUGAGUGCCUGUCCGUCUGAACUCUGAAGUCAUAUUAACUUCAGUUUGCGUUGCAUUAAGUGGCCAUAACGUACCUUAAACUAAUAAUGUAUGCCCGUCGUAUAGAUAUAGCAAUAAUAUUCAAAUAUUCAUUCAAAAAAGUAAUUGGCUUAUUCGUGAACGUGCCCGUUUCUCCUUCUCGAUUUUUGUUCUUAUUCUCUGCUGCUUCCAAAGUGCUAUAUUAGAUUGAUUGAUUGAGGUACGUAUGGACUGCUUCACUUACAUCGAAUUUAUCAGGAUUUGUCUUAUCGAAUCUUACAUAUUAUACAUGCACCGAUAAAGGAAAAAAAACAACAAAAAUUAAGACAGAAACCAAGUCUAGUUUUAUACCAUUGAUUUAAAAUGUCAAUCAACUUUCUGAAAUUUUUUUUUUCUGUCUCCAAUAGUUUGAUUUGAAUACACGAUUUUAAGAAGUAGAA